CCGGCCGGGGGAGGCGGGGAAGCCGCCGGAGCGCGACCGCCACGGCAGCCACCCUGCCGCCGCCAGUCGGAGGUGCAGUCCGUAGGCCCCGGAGCCCAGGCGGGCCCUUGGGGAGUCGGCGCCGCUCCGAGGAGCUGUGAGGCUCGCCCAUGCCGGGACCUGAGGGCGCGGUAGGCGCAGAGGAUAUUCCUGGUGAUCUUGGAAGAGUCCGUAUCAUGGAAUCGAUCUCUAUGAUGGGAAGCCCUAAAAGCCUUAGUGAAACUUUUUUGCCUAAUGGCAUAAAUGGUAUCAAAGAUGCAAGGAAGGUUACUGUAGGUGUCAUUGGAAGUGGGGAUUUUGCAAAAUCCUUAACCAUUCGACUUAUUAGAUGUGGAUAUCACGUGGUCAUUGGAAGUAGAAAUCCUAAAUUUGCUUCUGAAUUUUUUCCUCAUGUGGUAGAUGUCACCCACCAUGAAGAUGCUCUAACAAAAACGAAUAUAAUAUUUAUUGCUAUCCAUAGAGAACACUACACCUCCCUAUGGGACCUGAGACAUCUGCUUGUGGGUAAAAUCCUGAUUGACGUAAGCAAUAACAUGAAGGUAAACCAAUACCCAGAAUCCAAUGCUGAAUAUUUGGCUUCAUUAUUCCCAGAUUCUUUGAUUGUCAAAGGAUUUAAUGUUGUCUCAGCUUGGGCACUUCAGUUAGGACCUAAAGAUGCCAGCCGGCAGGUUUAUAUAUGCAGCAACAAUAUUCAGGCUCGACAACAAGUCAUUGAACUUGCCCGUCAGUUGAAUUUCACUCCCAUUGACUUGGGAUCCUUAUCAUCAGCCAGAGAGAUUGAAAAUUUACCCCUGCGAUUAUUUACUCUCUGGAGAGGGCCAGUGGUGGUAGCCAUAAGCUUGGCUACCUUUUUCUUCCUAUAUUCCUUUGUCAGAGAUGUGAUCCAUCCAUAUGCAAGAAACCAGCAGAGUGACUUUUACAAGAUUCCUAUUGAAAUUGUGAACAAAACUUUGCCUAUAGUUGCCAUCACUUUGCUGUCCCUGGUGUACCUAGCAGGUCUCCUGGCGGCCGCUUAUCAGCUUUAUUACGGCACUAAGUAUAGAAGAUUCCCGCCUUGGUUGGAGACCUGGUUACAGUGUAGAAAACAGCUGGGAUUACUAAGUUUUUUCUUUGCUGUGGUCCAUGUUGCCUACAGCCUCUGCUUACCAAUGAGAAGGUCAGAGAGAUACUUGUUUCUCAACAUGGCUUAUCAGCAGGUUCAUGCAAAUAUUGAAAACUCGUGGAACGAGGAAGAAGUUUGGAGAAUUGAAAUGUAUAUCUCCUUUGGCAUAAUGAGCCUUGGCUUACUGUCUCUCCUGGCUGUCACCUCUAUCCCUUCAGUGAGCAAUGCAUUAAACUGGAGAGAGUUCAGUUUUAUUCAGUCUACACUGGGAUAUGUCGCUCUGCUCAUAAGUACUUUCCAUGUUUUGAUUUUUGGAUGGAAACGAGCUUUUGAAGAGGAGUACUACAGAUUUUAUACACCACCCAACUUUGUGCUUGCUCUUGUUUUGCCCUCAAUUGUAAUUCUGGGUAAGAUCAUUUUGCUCCUUCCAUGUGUAAGCCGAAAGCUAAAACGAAUCAAAAAAGGCUGGGAAAAGAGCCAAUUUCUAGAAGAAGUUAUUGGAGGAACGAUUCCUCAUCUCUCCCCAGAGAGGGUCACGGUCAUGUGAUGUGAAGUGGUGCUCACAGCUGCCAUCUAAAGUUCUACUCAUGCCAUUAUUUUUACCACUUCCUCUGUGUUUGGUUGCAAGUGUGCUGUCCAAUUCCUGUGGGUGGAAACUUGUUAAAUGAAAUUUCAACAGAAUUAGUAAUAAAACAUUCUUCAAGUUAAUUUUCACAAAUGUCAUGUUUUGACAAUAUGAUUUAUGUAGUCAACAUACUAUUGAAAGUUGGGAAUUUUUUGUUUUGUUUUGCACAACUGUAACAGUAUUAUUAUUUUAACAACAUUUCAUAAUCAGGAAAAAAUAAUAGUUAAUAAUAUAGAUAUAAUGUUAAAGACAAUUUGCAAACCAGCAGAAAUUUAAGCUUUUAAAGUAAUUCAGUAGAUAUACUUUUUAUCCUGAAACUUAAGUAAGGUUUUAGUUAUUAUCCAACUUAAGAAAUAGAAAUGCAUAAUCACACAUUGUUUUCAAGAAAGGACACAUUCAUUAGCAUCUAGGUAAGGGUGCAUGGUAACGUCCCCAUAUUUGUCUCAUAAAUAGGGUUUGAGGAAUGUAAUUAAUUGUACAAAGUAAGGUGAUUAUGUGAACAAAUACAAAUUUAAAAGUCAAAUUAAACCUGAAAUUAUGUUUAAAAUACAUUGAAGACAUCAAAUACAUAUUGAUAAUGCAAAUGAAAUUUUAUUUUUUAUCACAUUACAAAACAGCUUCAUUUUCAUAUUACUAUUUGGACAAGGGAGAGGUAAUAUUUAGCCUCUAAAACUGCUAUCUCUAAUAUAGUACCAAUCCUGGGAAUUGUAUAAUUAUUCCUAGCUGGAGCAAAAGUAUCAAGUUUAUACACAGAUAGUUGUCAGCUGAUCUCUCUCAUUAAGCUUACCCAGUGACUUCUCUCUGUGGUAUGGGAUUUUACUGAUGUUCAUUGAGAGAUUAUAAGGUGCCAGGCAUGGCUCUAAGUACUUUACUCGCUAGAUAGUUUUCGUGUUCAUUUUACAUCUGACAGACUGAAGGCUAGAAAAGUAAUUUGCCCCAAUUCACACGGUUAAUAGUGGCAGAGUGAGUGUUUAAGUCCUGGUAGUAUUAUUCCAGAGCCCAUGGUUUUAACCAUUAGGCAAUACAGUUCCUGCUCCAUCUCCAUCCAUUAGGUUCAUGAUGACAGCCUGGAUGCUGCUUCUUUUGUAUAAAGGCACUGACAUUCUUUAGAGUGGGAUGUAUGUAUCCAAAAGAUGUAUGCUACUUACCCUGUUCGAACCUGGAACAUGAGCCUGGACACACAUGGCAGUCCAUAUGCCUUCCUGUGCAGUGACAGACUCAAGCAGAAAGAGGACCAGAGCAGUGUUAAUGAAUUUUUUUUUUUAAUUUCUGUAGAGCUGGUCAUCUCCUUGUCUCUUCCUGCCUACACAAGCAUUCACUCCAGAGCAGUUUACAAGCAUACAGUAUAUUAGGAUAAGGGGCUGAUUAUAAAUCUAUUCUGGAGACAUACAGUUAUACAGAUUACUCAUAAAAUUUUUCAUUGCUGGCAUUCCACAUUUAAAUUGCAUUUUGUUCAAACCUUAGUUAGAGCGGCCUACAUACGUCCCAUUUGCUCUUUUCUUAUUGAAAUAGAAAGUUGCAGACAAGAUACAAUUCUAUGCAUUCCUCUCCUUAAACAUUUCUAAACUUACCCACUGAGGUAGUACUGAAUUUAGCUGCUGAAAAUAAAUAGGCUUUUAUUUAGUGGACGCUGCUUUCCCACCAAUGGCUCUUUUCCUACUACUGCCUUGUCAGUUUGGUAAAUCACUCGUGAUUCUCCAUUGUUCUCGUCUUGGUGAAUUUUUGUCUGUUAUACUUUCUCAUUGAGCUCUCCAUUUUCUUUAUUUUAAUUAUAUUUCUCCCCUCUUGGUAAUCACUUGUUAAUUUUUCAUAGGAUUUCAGUAGAGUGAUAAUAACUUGUAAAAGUAAAUACCUAAGCAUACUAGUAUAAUGAACUAGUGAAAAUAACAGCAUAUUUUUGAUAUUUUCUUGUUCCUUAAUUUUCCCUUUCCUAAGACCAUGCUUCAGCCAUUUAAUGUGAAACUAUGAAAUAUUUCUAAAAGUUAGAUGACUGUUGAAGUAUAUAUUUUGCACAUGUAUAUUAAGUAGCCAGUAAUAUAAAUAAAAUUAUCACUAUGACUGAUAGUGAUAAAUGGGGCCUUUGAAAAUAUGAAAAACAAACUUUUAUGAAAAUGUAUAAAAGAUGGCAACUGUUGUUUCAAAUGGCAACAUCUCUUUUCAGUACUAUAAUGGAAUA